CUGUCGUCAGUGGUUAGUCCCCUCGCAUUUCGCAUUCGGCGCUCCAUUUGUAUUCUGCUUUCUGCUUCAUUUGAAAACAUGGCGUGGUUUAGGGAUGAGUGAAAGCAAUAAUUUCUGGCGGUUUUUCAAUUGUUGUGUGAAUUAUUUUGGGUUCAUCUGUAAUUUCCAGUUGUUACUGCAUCUGAGCAGUGACCAAACGCUUUUAUGAAAUGAAUGGAAAAAGUGUAACCAUUUGUGUUCUGUGCCUGCUGUGUGCCGCUCACACACGGUGCAAUGUCAACAAUGACAUUCACAUUAAACAUAAUGUUUCCGGUAAACUAUCACCCACAGAUCUCGACAAACUUCUACAUAUUUCAUUAAGCAGCACUGACAGCGAAAACUUUUCGGUUGAACUAGUUGACAGAAUUUUCGAAAACUUUGGAAAUGGAAAUUCGUUAUCGAAAGAGGGAUUUGAAAAUGUAAUGCAAAGAAUCAAAUUGGUUUAUUACAUGUCCAAUAAGACUGUUCCUGACCACAAAAUCGUGUUUGGUGGUGAGAAUCAAACUGACCUUUUCGCUUCAAAUGAAAAUGUAAAAAAUUAUGGCACUGACAUGACUGACCCGAAUCAUCACCAUCAUCAUAUGCAUAUCAAUGAUGGCUCCAAAGACAUGGCUGCAGUGUGGCUGUACGCAACUGCCAGUAUUAUUGUGAUAAGUUUGUGUGGUUUGGCGGGAGUGGCUGUGAUCCCAGUAAUGCAACAGGUGUUCUACCAACAUCUCCUUCAGUUCCUAGUCGCCCUGGCGGUCGGCACUCUAUGUGGUGAUGCUCUUCUCCAUCUCUUGCCUCAUGCGAUGCUUUCAACUCAUUCGCAUUCACACUCAACAGUCAUUCCAGCGGUAGAUAAUCAUGACAUCAAUAUGUGGAGGGGCUUCGUUGCCAUGGUGGGAAUCGUAUUUUUCUACAUGACUGAAAAAUGUCUGGCCAUGGUAGCCUCGUUGAGAAAAAGAAUACAGAGGAAGCCAGAGAACGGGACAGUUCCUAGAGUUCGUGUGAUGAGAGACUCCGAAUCCAGUUACAAACCGGCCGUUGGAGAAAAAUUGUCCAAGUACAGCUCUUAUCCGUAUUGUUAUGGCGAGAUAACAAACAAUACAGAUAAUCUUCAAAAAAAUGGCAGCACUGAUGGAGUUGAUUCCAAUUUAUUACCUAAGCCACGAGAAGAGAAUGGAGCUGCAAAUAAUUAUGAUGUUCGUCUCAACCAAAAAGCGCCGAGCGAAAAUGCGGAGACAGAAGAAACUCACAAUACCAAGGAAAGUGACUGCAAAGAGCCAUCCAACACAGCUGACGAUGGCUUCACGAUUAUUAUCAGAGAACACGAGACUACACAUCACGGACGCUCACACACGCACGGCCACGUACAUGAAGCGCCCAAGUCGUUGUCGUCAGUGGCGUGGAUGGUUGUGAUGGGCGACGGCUUGCACAACUUUGCAGAUGGCGUCUCGAUUGGAGCAGCUUUCUCGGCAAACAUCGCUGGUGGAUUCAGUACAGCUCUGGCCGUGUUCAUGCAUGAAUUGCCUCAUGAACUGGGGGACUUUGCUGUAUUGUUGAAAGCAGGAAUGAGUGCCAAAGAAGCGGUUUUUUACAAUCUGCUUUCUUCCAUUUUGUGUUUUAUUGGAAUGUGUCUGGGUGUGUGGCUGGGCCAUAAUGAAGAGGCCACUCAGUGGGUGUUCAGUGCAGCAGCUGGCAUGUUUCUCUACAUUGCCCUUGUUGACAUGAUUCCUGAAUUGUCGAGCAGCCCAACAAAAGAGCUUGGUUCUCUUUGCCAGUGUGCGUUACAGUUUGCUGGUCUUUCUUGCGGAGUUCUCAUAAUGCUGCUUAUUGCAUUCUAUGAAAGAGAUUUGAAAAAUGUUUUCAAAGACGAUUUUUGAGACCAGAUGUUGGACCUUCGCUAACAGCAUUUAAUAAAUGCGGAUUCAUGAACUGAUGUUUUAGUUUUACUAAUAAAAGUCGUUAGUGGUGCUUUUUCAAAAGAAGAACUUCAAUAAAAAUUGGUAGUGAAUCUCUUGUUCAAAAAUUGUCUGUUAUAAUAUUUUAUUACUUAUUAAUAUGAUAUUUUUGUAAUAGAAAUGCCAAAGGUUAGUUUAUGCUUUUAGAACUCGACUAAUAAUUAAAUUCUACUAUUAACUAGUAAGUUAUUCUAAGUUGAAAAGUUAGCGAUCUUCCUAUUAGGUAAUUUCUGGAAACUAUUAUUUAUCCUAUCCAAAUUAGGCUAAGCCUCGUUUAUCAGUUAUAAGUUGUUGGCGUCUCAAUGCGUUUCAAUUGAUCAUCAAUUAAUUUUCAACAUAGAAUUUUCUAGAGCUUCUAUUUGAAUGAAUUCGAAACUUGAAUGAAAAUUUCAACUGCCAUCACAUAGUGUAGUAUUUCCUGUCACAUAUUUUAUGAGAUAAAGUAUAUAAUAUACCUUCCAAUGCCAGUUUAGUAGAAUUAAGUAGAAUCACAUUAGACGUACGAAUAACGUGUAAUAAAAUUUAACCAGUGUUUGAUUCAAUAAUAGAAAUACAAAAAAAAUUUAUUGAUUUAUAGCUGUUUUAUCAUGACUUGAAUGGUAUUAUUUAGUUUUAAUUUACUUUGUAUAAAUAUAAUUAGUCCAAUUGAUGAAAUGAUUGUAAUGAAGUCAUUGUAAUACUUCCAUUAACAUAAUUGCAUAUCUAUCGAAGUUUUGCUAUUUUUCCUAUAUUGAAUUAUUCAACAAGAAUAACAUACUUUAUUCGUAAUAUUUGAAAUCCCAUGUAUCAAUAAUUUCCAUAUCUAUAUUCGUACACGUAUAAUCUUUUAUAUGAUUCCAUAAUCGGAUCUUCCAUCUUCAAUUACAUUUAAUAAUCUCAUUUCAAUAUUUAUUGGGGUUUCAUACAAGUGCCCUUAUUGGUGUUGAAAAACAAACUACUAAUUCUAGAAUUAUUUUGGAUUAUGGAAGCUUAAUAUGGGAAACUUAAUAUAAUAACAUGAAAGUGAGAGUAAAUUACUGUAAAAUGAGAAAAAAUAUAAUUGAACGAAAAUUUUGUUUUUCAAAUGUACAAAAUCAGUUAUUUAAUAUGAAUUGUUAUUCAUAUCUCGAUGUAACAGAAAAUUAACCAUUUUAUAAAGCUUGAAAUGCAAAUUUUAAGUGAUAUCGAUGAUGUGUUUUUAGAUAUGAAUAGUGUUAUUGAUCAAGUGAUAUUCAUAAAAAAGCAUAAACUGGCCUUUUACUGUAGUUGAUCCUUUCCUGUACAAAGGCAUCAGUGCAUUUCAAUACUUGACUCGUAAAAACCGUGUUUACAGUAUAUUAUGUAGGACGCUGCGAGUAUUUUUUAUAGUUACGACUUUUUUGAACAGACAUUUUUGAUCCUUUGUAGCAAAUGUGAAGUUUUAUGAAACAAGUCUGAAACAAUAAUUGAGCUGAACUUUCAUGUUUAGGUAUUUUCUAAGCUAUUAUAUGAUUGUUCUGUAGAAUAAGUAUUCAUUUGUACCUGUUGUUAGUUUUUACUUAUAGAAUUACACUCGGGAAGUGUCAAUGCGUUUUGCUCCAAUGUGCGCUAGUGUGAUUUCUAACAGUUUCUUAACAAUUGAUUCUAAAUAAACCUAUUCACUGUUAUAUAAUACUCAUCGAUUGCUAUUGAUACAAUGUUGAUUUAUGGGAUUCGGUUUUGCAUUCAUGCUUUAUUAUAGUAAUUGUCCCUAUCCUAAAAAGGAUAUUUAUUUAUACGAAAAUGUGUGGAAGCAACAGAUCGGUGAAACAUAUUGCUUCCAUGACAAAAACGCAAUCGAAAAUAAGUUUAGAAUUGAAAAUAAAAAUAAAAGAUAACCAAAAAUACAAUACAAUAAAAUGAAUAGGACAUACAAAGUUUAUAUUGAUAAAUUAUACAAUGCAAAUAAUUUGUUUGAUAAUACUAAUAAUGUUUUCAGGAAAAUGAGACGGAAGAUAUAAAAGUUGUACAUAAAUAAAUUAAAUUCAACCAUAUGAAGAAGAACAAAAUUAGAACCAACAAUUUAAAUUUCAAUUAACAAUUGGGAAACAUAUUAUUGAUGUUUGUCUAAAACAUAUUUGCCUCAUGUUGGGUUAGCUGCAUAAAUUGUUGAAGAGUUGGAAAUUUGAAAAUUGCUUCCCAAAUGGUCAGGAAUUCCUCUUUCAUUGUAUGUAUGGAAAACCUGAAUCAAUUAGCUGAGGCUAAAAGUAUUGAAACUUAUACAUUUAACAGAAACUGCAACUUUGUAAUGUAUGAAAAUUUAUGUAAUGUAUGUAGUGUACUACACUUUGUAGUAUGCAAAUCGAUUCUGGAUAGUAUAAUUCUAUCUGUGCAAAUAAGGUUUUGAUUUCUGGGUAUUGACUUCCACUUGAAGCCUUCAACGGUUUUGUGUGUCCAUUGUUAGCCGAUCACUACAUUAAAAUGU